UUCUCGGGCGCGGUCAAGCUCGGGGACCUGAACGAUUUCAUCAACCCCUCUCAGAACUGCGUCGUCGCGCUCACGGCCGGCGAGGUCAUCCUACAGAGACGCGGCGCGCCCCCUUCAGAUCUGCCGCCGGGCGCGCCGACCAUCUACGGCGACCCGAGCGCGCCCACGGUGAAGGUGUCGCUGUCCGACUGCCUCGCGUGCAGCGGCUGCGUCACGUCCGCGGAGACGGUGCUCCUCGAGGCGCAGAGCGCGGACGAGUUCCGCGCGCGCGUGCGCGCGGCGGCGAUGAGCGGCGGGCGGAUGGUCGUCGUCGUGUCGGUAGUGCUCGACACGACCGCGUCGCGCGAUUUAUCUCUCCUCGAGUCGUGCGAGGAGUUCGUGUCGAGGUACCGUAACGCUAAGCACGCGGCGGUUACGAACACUCCGCCGCCGUCCCCCGCGGACGUGCUCCCCGUGCUGACGUCGGCGUGUCCCGGGUGGGUGUGCUACGCGGAGAAGACCCACGGCGGCGCCGUGUUGAACCACGUCAGCGCGGUGAAAUCGCCGCAGCAGGUUAUGGGCUGCAUCGUGAAGAGGAAGAUCGCGGCGGAGCUCGGCGUGCCCGCGUCCGCGGUGUUCCACGCGACGGUGAUGCCGUGCUUCGACAAGAAGCUCGAGGCGUCGCGCGAGGAUUUCGCGAUGGACGACUUGGGCGAAAACGUGAGAGAGGUGGACUGCGUGUUGACGACGGGUGAGGUGGCGGAGAUGAUCGCCGUCGCCGCGGGGUUGGGCGCGCCGUCGUCUGCUCUCGCUUUCAAUCCCCGCCCGCGAUGCCUUUCAACUCCACCUGACGCCUUUCAACUCCACCCCGUCGUUCGCUCCGGCAGCGGCGGGUACCUCGACGCGGUGUUCCGGCACGCGGCGAAGGUUCUCCACGGCGUGGACGUUACCGGGCCGUUGAAGUACGCGACGCCGUCGUCGCGAAAUUUGGAUCUGAAGGAGGUCACGCUCGAGGUGGACGGCGCGGUCGUGCUGCGUUUCGCGGCCGCGUACGGGUUCAGGAACAUCCAGAACAUCGUCAGGAAGUGCAAGGCUGGGUCGGUCGCGACGGGGGACGCCUACGACUUCGUGGAGAUCAUGGCGUGCCCCAGCGGGUGCCUCAACGGCGGCGGGCAACUCCCGCCG